AUGUCAUCAUCGCAGCCAAACCCCGACUCGGGCGAGAAGCCCACCAAGAGCGAUCACCGCGCCGAGAACUGGACGCCCAAGGAUGCCGCAGACGGCUGUGUCACCAGAGAAAUCUGGGUCGCAAUCUACACCAAGACCUUUGAGGAGUUCUCGAGCCCUGAGAUCCAGAAGAUGUGGAAGCGCGGUAUCAACGAGGUGUACGGCUGGGCCCGCAGCACCGAGCAUCUCGCCUGGAUGCCCCGGCGAUACGUUGUCCACCAGGUCCUGAAGUUCUGCGCAUUUUCGCUGAACUUGUACGACAACAACACCUGGCCGAAGGACUUUGGCCCUGUCAUCAUCCAGGAUGCAGAGAAGGCAGAUCUCGACGAUGGCUACCGCGAGUGGCUUGAGAUUGCGGCCAACAUCGAGAACGAGAACGCUGCCAUCUUCAAUCACGACCCAGAGACUGAAUUGAAGAAGAAGAACCUGACGGAGGAUGAGAACCCGAAGGAGAGCCAGGACGUUGAGAAGGAGGAUGGUUCCGACCCAAAGCAGGAGAAUGACUUGAAGCGCAAGUACCAGGCCGAUUCUAAGCAAGAAGAGCAUGCAUCCGCCAACAAAAAGAGGAAGUCAGACACCGAGCAAAACUCCCAGAUGAACAAGAACUCCCAUGUUGAGAACACUGCCGAACUCGAGCCAAAUGCAAGCAAUGCCCCGUCGGCCCCUGAGGCGACCAACACCCAGCAGCCAAUCGUCUGGAGUGUACUCAACAGAAAGAAGGAUCUUCAGACCUUCAAUAUCCCCAACUGGAUUGCUGAGGCCAUCGACGGAGGUAGGAAGGAGCGAGAGGAUUUCUUCCAGAAGGCCUUCCUCCCUCGGGAUGAGCAAAGCCUGCCCGGAGAGGGCUUUGCCGUGAAAGUUCCGUCCAAUGUUCAACAGACGAGUCUCUUUCGGAGCGCUGGCCAUAUCCAGCUUGCAAACAGAAAGAUAAACCCGGCGCUGCAGAUUGCCUGGCUCGACUAUGAGGGAGAGACGUAUCUCUUAUGCUUCCAUAGGAACCCGAACGACAAUUUCAAGGACCUUCUAGAUGACUACGUCAUGAUCUGGGUGGGACUGAAGGAGUACUGCCGCCAUCUACGAGUGCGGCCCGCGAACAAACACGUCCAGCUAGCUGACUGGCUUGCUGAAAGCUUUCGCACAUACGGCAUGAGGACCAUAGCACUCAUGGGCCUUCAUUUCAACAAGCUGGAGAAGGAUGACGAGGACAGGCUUGCUCGGUCUCUGGAAACUGAAUGCAAGGUCUCGGAUGUUCCGCAUGAGUGCAGCCCGGAACAACACGAUCACAACCUCUGGUUUGACGGACUGACCGGCCCAAAGAAUGACAGCUCUUAG